GAUUAUCGAGAAGCCUUAGGAUCCUUUGUUCAACAGCAAUGGCUUCCAGGACUCUGUUUUCUUCUUCUUCUUCUUCUUCUUCUUCUUCAGCUGCAAAAGGUAAACUUUCCUCUCUCUUUACACACCCACUUAGAAAUUCUUCUCAAAAAUUAAAUCUUUCACAAGAUCUCGCUGGUCGAGACCCGCCUCCGCCCCCAGAAUCCACGCUUUCCGCUGACACAGAAGACCGAGCUCUAUUCACUCUUUUCCUCGAGAAGAAGUGUAAAUCAGGGGAUUUCACCGUGGACGAAGCGCUCCGCCAUUUCGAUCGCAUGAUCUCUAUUCGACCUAUUCCUCCCACUUGGUGGUUUCGCGUGUUAUUGGGUGCCUUAGCUAAGAAGAAGUUUUACUCUGCAGUGAUUUCUCUUCGCAGAAAGCUGGAAGUUGCUGGGCUUCUGUCUGACUAUUUUGUGCUGAAGAUUUUGUUGAACUGCUUCUGCAAUGAGAGACGGGUAAACGAUGCUUUCGCAGUUUUGGGGGCGAUUUUUCGCCGAGGUUAUUGCCCUGAUAUAGUCACCUAUAAUCAAUUGCUGAAGGGACUGUGCUUAAAGCAUAAAAUUGGUGAAGGGGUGGCCUUGUUCAAGAAAAUGGUGCGUUUGGGUUGCAGACCGGACGUUGUUACUUAUGGCACUUUGAUUAGUGGGUUGUGUCAGACCGGUAAUACGAGCACGGCACUCAAGUUACAUGAAGAAAUACUGACCAGCAAUGGUGAACAUAGCGCUGUAUGCAAGUCGAAUAUAGUUUGCUAUGGUGCUAUUAUUGAUGGACUUUGCAAAGACGGGUUACUAGAAGAGGCCAGCAAACUUUUCAUGGAGAUGAAAGGUAAUGGUAUUUCACCAAAUUUGGUUGUUUACAACACGCUGAUACACGGCUUGUGUUGCAUAGGACAGUACAAGGAAGCCACGGAUUUGCUUGAUGAGAUGGUGGAUCAAAGAAUCGAGCCUGAUAUAAUUACAUUUAAUGCUUUGUUGAAUGUUCUUUACAAGCAGGGGAAGUUCAAAGAAGCCGAAAACAUGCUCAAAUUGAUGAUUGAGAAGGGUGUAGGUCCUAGUAUUGUUACCUAUAGCACGAUAAUGGAUGGCUUGUGUUCAGCGGGUAAGGUCGAUGAGGCAAGGGAACUGCUUGCUCAUUUGAUGAAUAUGGGUGGUCCAGUUAACGAAGUCAGCUUCAAUGUGCUGAUCAAUGGGUAUUGCAAUCAGGUUAAUAUGGAAGAAGCCAUGAAUGUGCAUAAGAAGAUGAUUAAUAAUGGCGUUAAGCCGACAGAAGUUACUUUUAACACUUUAAUGCUUGGUUUUUUCCGCAAAGGUAAGGUUGUUGAUGCACGUGAAUUGUUUUUUGAAAUGAAACGUCAUGAAGUGGAACCCAGUUCACGCACAUUCAACAUACUUCUGGACGGACUAUGCAAGAAUAAUUUGCUUUCAGAUGCAUUGGAUUUGUUUCAUUCCAAAGAUUGCAAAGGAAAGGCAAAUGUUACGACCUUCAAUUGCCUCAUUGAUGGGUUGUGCAAAGAAGGGAAUCUGAAAGCUGCGUGGGACUUAUUUCACAUGUUGCAGAAGGAUGGGUUAGCACCAGAUGUUUUAACAUACUCUAUCAUGAUAAAUGGGCUCUGCCGACAAGGUCAAGUGAAAGAGGCAAAUGAGCUAUUUGUGAAAAUGGAAGACAAUGGCUGUGCUCCAAAUGUCGUCACAUUCAACACAUUAAUGCGUGCUCUUUGUCAAAAUCACGAGGCAUUGGAGGUGAUUGAGCUGCUUAAGAAAAUGGCAGGAAAAAAUAUAAGACCAGAUGCAACCACAGCAUCUAUAGUUUUUGACUUGCUUGCAAAGAAUAAAAAUUAUCACGAGUAUCUGACUUUACUUCCAGCAUUCCCUUCUUGAAAGUCUGUGGUAGAAGACACUGUUUGGUCAUUGGCAUGCUUUUUGCAGGAGGACUGCAGCAGACAUGACCAGCAUCAAUUGCGAUUUCUGGCUGACGAUAACUUAAAUUGUCUGUUGUACUCCACUAGGUUGGGCAUUGUGGUCUUCAUAGGUCGUUUAGAGGUUACAAUUGAUACAGGUUUUUGUGACAAUUGAAUACAUGUGAAGAAGCAUGUGGUUCACCCUUGGCAUGUCC